GUCAGACUUAGAAAUUAGAAAAGAUUGAAAAUGGCAUCGAAUCGCGGUGGUGUGCAACGUGUCCUUGCUAAACUGAAUGCUAGUGUAGAGAAAGGAGACUACUAUGAAGCUCAUCAAAUGUACCGAACUCUUUAUUUCAGGUAUAAAUCACAGAAGAAAUAUGUUGAAGCAAUAGAUCUCUUAUAUUCAGGAGCUACAACACUUCUUGCUAAAAACCAGGGAGAAAGUGGGACAGACUUGGCUUUGUUGCUCAUUGAACUAUUGAAAAAUGCCAAAGCACCAGCUACAGAGGAAAACAUAGGAAAAAUAGGUAGAAUACACAAAAUGAUUGGUCCUGGUAACAUCGAUAGGCCGAAUUACAUCCAGGGUGCUGUAAAAUGGACCAAAGAAAUAGAGCCAGACAAAAAUACUGGACAUCCAUUAUUACAUAAAACAUUUGCCCUCACUUUCUGGGAAGAGAAAAACUAUGCACAAUCAAGGUAUCAUUUCCUCCACUCUGAGGAUGGUGAGGGCUGUGCUGCUAUGUUGGUAGAGUACCAAAGAGCCAGUGGCUACCCUUGUGAAGUAGACCUGUUUGUAGCACAAGCUGUAUUACAAUAUUUAUGUCUCAGAAAUACAAAUACAGCCAGUGUAGUAUUUUUCUCAUAUACAAAAAGACACCCUGCAGUGGAGGAUGGUCCACCCUUUGAUAAGCCACUGCUAAACUUCUGCUGGUUCUUAUUGCUGGCAAUAGAAGCUGGAAAAAUUACUAUAUAUAGUAUUCUGUGUGAGCAUUAUCAGGCUGCAAUCAACAGGGACCCUUCGUACAAAGACUACUUAGAUAGAAUAGGCCAAUUAUUUUUUGGUCUGAAGCCUCCAAAGAAAAAGAAUGAUAUGUUUGGUAAUUUACUACAGAACCUAUUUGGUAUGGGAGAUGACAGUGAUAUGGAAGAGGGUGACGAUGUAGCAAGUUCUAUGCACAGUCAAACCACACACCAAGCAUCACCCCCACAACAGAACAUACAGCUGGAUCUAGACUAGAACUUGGGCUACAGACCUGCUACUAGAUUGCUUCACACUCUGAUUCGUUUCAGAAUAGAAUAAAUCGCAGUAACUUCAAAUAUUAAUGAUAUAGCUCAUUUUUUUAAAUCAUGCCUCCUGUCUACCAUAUACAAAUUGGAGUAGUCAUCAUCAUCAAAUCAUGUGUAUGGUGCAUUGUGUCAUAAUAUACAUUUCCAGCUAAGAAUAUAUUUGAGUCACCCAUCGAAUCAACCAGUCACUCCUCCACCCACAUUCACCUUGAAAAUGGUGUUGGAUAUAUGCUUACCGGAUCUUUAAUACAAUAUGUGGCACAUACUUUUAUACCUGAAUAUUGGAAACAUUAAUUAAUGAUCUGUGAUAGAACAGACAACAUAUCAUUGGAUUAUUACUGUGAGAUGUUUAUACACAUUUGGUAUGUUGUUGUUUUACAUCUUGUGUUUUAUAGACUCAGCCUGAUCCAAUGUAUUUUGUAUGAAUAAAGGAAUACACCGAUUUAACAGUAUGCUAUAGAUUCUAGUUUUUGGAAAGGCUAGUCUUGCAAGACUAGGCAACACAGAUAGAAUGAGAA